AUGAGCUCAAAUGAAGAGGCCUUUAGUCAGAUAAACGCAACGCCGAAUGUGGUUGAUAACAAAAAGCGUUUGCUAUUCGUCCAAGAUAGCUCUGCGCUAGUUCUGGGGCUUGUUGCGGGGUUUUUGCAGAUUGAAUCAAUCCACGGCUUUACUUGGUUUCUAGUCCUGUACAACUUGAUUAAUGUCAUAUACAUUGUUUGGAUCUGUCAACUACAACCAGGAAAGUUCUAUCGAAGCCCACUUCAAGAUAUUUUUUUUGAAUCGUUUUUUAGAGAAAUAACUGGGUUUGUCAUGGCAUGGACAUUUGGAUACGCUCUAAUUGGAUGA